CCCCUCCCCCCAGCCUGCAGCGCUGAGCACAGAGGUACAGAGCCCCCAGAAAUGUUCUCUGGACGCAGGCCCUGGGCCCUGCCCUCCCUCUGCCUCUGCGUUGUGGUCCUGGCCUGUGUUGUGGCAUGCCAGCAAGAAGUGACUGCUGGAGCCCCGAGCCCCCCGCCAGGGCUGGUGAGUAGUUCCUGGAACCUGGUGCGGAACAAAGUGAAGACGUUGACAGAACCGCUGGUGACAAGAGCCAGAGAGGGGUGGCAGUGGUUCCAGGUCCCCAGCACCGUCCAGGGCUUUGUGCAGACCUACUAUGAUGACCACCUGAAGGACUUGGGUCCCCGCACCAAGGCCUGGCUUCGUAGCUCCAAGGACAGCCUCCUGAACAAGGCUCACAACCUGUGUCCCCAGCUUCUCUGCCGGCACAGUGACCAGGACUAAAGUGUUCACAGUCUCCACAAUAAAGAAAUUCUUCUGUG